GAAACACAGUGCAGCAGCAGUGCUAUGUUUUUACAGUAUGUGACAUGAAGCAGUAAACCUAAUUAUUGCUUACAAUGUCAGAACUGAACGACUAUUUAGAAGGUAAGAUUACUUUCGAGGAGUUUGAAAAGCGCAGAGAAGAAAGAAAAGCAAAGGAUAAGGAGAAGGGAAAUGUGUUAAACGAUGAAGAAGCUGCUGUUCAGGAGGACGAAGCUCCUUCCACCUCGAAACAGCCUGUAAAAGCAAAACGGAAACGCAAAACAGAGACGACAGAAGAGGGAGUCAGUCCAUCUGUCCAGCAAGCCUUUGCUUCCAUGAUCGGAGAGGGACUGGAGGAGUAUGUGGAUGAUGAUGAUGAUGAUGAAGAUGGAAAGAUGGAGUGGAAAGACAUUGGAGAAGAGGAUGGAGACGACGAUGAGGAUGAUAAUGAUGAUGAUGAAGAGGAGGAGGAGGAUGGCAAUGAAAUCACACCUGGAGAUGUGUUUGCCUUAGAAAUGGAGUUGAACCGAGAAAAUAAGAAAAUGAUGAAGGAGCGACGUCACCGUAGUAAGUUACCGCGGGCUCUCAGAGGACUCAUGGGAGAGGCCAACAUCCGCUACGCUAGAGGAGACAAAGAGGAUGCCAUCCUGAUGUGCAUGGAAAUCAUUCGGCAAGCUCCUGUGGCGUACGAGCCGUUCUCCACUAUGGCUAUGAUCUAUGAGGAUCAGGGAGACAUGGAAAAAGCGCUUCAGUUCGGUCUGAUUGCUGCUCAUCUAAACCCCAGUGACUGUGAAGAGUGGGUCAAACUGGCAGACAUGUCUCUCGAGCAGGACAACAUCAAACAGGCCAUCAUCUGCUACACUAAAGCAAUUAAAUACGACCCCAGUAAUGUGCAGUACCUGUGGGAGCGCUCCAGCCUUUAUGAACAGGUCGGGGAGCACAAACAGGCCAUGGACGGGUACCGCCGCAUCCUCAGCCUGCUGCCACCAACCGAUGGAGAGCACUUCAUGCAGCUCUCACGAGACAUGGCCAAGAGUUACUAUGAGAGCAGUGAGUUGCCGUCUGCUAUCGGGGUCAUGGAGGAAGCUCUGGAGAGACAUCCUGAACUCGUCACACAUGAGUGUGUCAAUAUGGCCGCUGAACUCUUCAUUGCCAACCACCAACAUGAUAAAGCUCUAGAGGCUCUGGUGAAAUUUUGCGGCAUCGUCCUGAAAGGACAGGAGAAGGUUGAGACUAAGCUGGAGGAUCAGACUCCAGUUCAAGAUACAGAAGAAUACAUGAAGAAGGAGGACACAGAAGAGGAGAAAGGGAAAGUCGUAGAAGUGGUGAUUCCUGAUGCUGUUCCAAUAGACAUCAGGGUGAAGAUGAUGGUGUGUCUCAUUCACCAGCAGGUCUUCAAACCUCUGGAUCCCAUGCUGACGUCUCUGAUGGAGCAGAGCCCAGAGGAGCUGGGCGAUCUGUAUUUGGACGUGGCCGAGGCUUUUAUGGAAGAAGGCGAAUAUAACUCUGCCCUGCCGCUGCUCUCUGCCCUCGUCUGCUCUGAGAGAUACAACCUUGCUGUUGUUUGGCUCCGACAUGCAGAGUGUCUAAAGGCACUGGGUCAUUUGGAGGUUGCCGUGAAGAGCUACAGUAAGGUAGUUGAAAUGGCUCCGCUGCAUUUAGAAGCUCGUCUGGCUCUCUCCACCCUUCAGCAGCAGUUGGGUCGACCCAACAUGGCCCUCGAGGCCCUAGAGUCCAUGUAUGAUGCCGAAACCCUCGCACAGGAUUCCUCAGCUGCACAACAGGAGCUGAAGCUUUUGCUGCAUCGCUCGACUCUGUUGCUCUCUCAAGGACGGAUGGAUGAUUACAUUGAUACUGUAUUGACCAUGCUGUCCAUGUUUCUUAAGGUGGCGAUGGUGAGGGCUCAGGUGUGUGUUGUUGCUGACACGUCCUCAGGUGUCAAACAUCUGAAGCUUAUAAAAGUCUCCCGUAACGCACUGACGGAGAUUGUUGACCAGGAGGCAGCUUAUCUGGAUGUGACGGGUAAGACGAGUGUCCUCUCUAAAGACGACUGGUGGAAGCUGUCACUGCGCUGUUUGUCUGUAUUGUGUGAGGAGAAGCGCUUCACUGAGGCAGAGUUAUUAGUGGACUCAACUUUAGAGUAUUACUCCUUCUAUGAUGACCGCGUGAAGCGGAAAGAGCUGGAAUACCUCGGUUUGUCCGCUGCCUUCCUCGACCACAACUUCCGCACAGCCUACAACUACAUAAGGCUGAUGUUAAUGGACAGCGUGGAGCGGCCUCAGCUGUGGAACGUGUUUAAUCAGGUUACUCUUCACUCUCAGGAUGCCAGACAUCAUCGGUUCUGCCUGCGCCUCAUGCUGAAGCACCCUGAUAACCACGCGCUCUACCUUCUCAAUGGACACACCUCGCUGGUCUCUGGGACGUUCAAACAUGCACUCGGUCAGUAUAUGCAGGCGUUCAGAAACGAGCCUGAUCAUCCUCUUCAUAGCCUGGCUAUUGGACUCACGUUCUUCCACAUGGCCUGUCAAAAGUUUGUCAUGAAAAGACAUUCGCUCACUGUGCAGGGUUUCUCCUUCCUGUGGCGCUAUGUGGAUCUCCGAGGUCAGUGUCAGGAGUCUCUGUAUAAUCUUGGCCGGGCUUUACAUCAGCUUGGACUCACUCAUUUAGCCAUUCACUACUAUGAGAAAGCCCUCACCUUCCCCCCACUCAAGCUGGAGGGGAUUGAGGAUGAUCAAGUGGACUUGAGAAGAGAGAUUGCCUACAACUUAUCCCUUAUUUACCAGUCCAGUGGUAAUAAAGACAUGGCCCGACACAUCAUCUAUACUUACUGUACUGUAUGAUCCUGUGAUCCCAUGUACAACAAUAUUUGACUCCAUGUUUAAUAAAAUGUUAUAUUUAUUAUAA